AUGGGGCCUCUCAACCCCUUUCCUGGAGACCCACCCUUUGGACUCAGCACCUGGAAGGGCUGCCCUCUCUGCCGGGCAGGGCCCUCAGGACACCUGUGUCUGAAAGCCAGGGAGGGGCUGCGCAACUGCAGCUCCAGCCUUCCACCUUCCAUACCCCCACCUGUGCACCUUCAGAAGGAGUUUCAUGAAAGGGCCACCAGGCUGCGGCUGGGCUGGGACAGCAUGCAGAGGAACCCCUGCUGGAGGACAGAGCCCCUGGCAUCCACGCCUGAUUCCUGUUCUUUCCAGAUGGUCUCUGGGGUCUCUGAGCCUGAGGACCAGGACCGGACAGAGGCAGGGGCAGAGCAGGAACUGCGGUGGUUGAAGCUGGGCUCUGAGGAGGCCCCAGGAGCCUGGACAGAGGGGCCCAGCGCCCCACAGGCCUGGGGGCGCCUGCUGCGGGCCGUGUGGAAGGGUCACAUGGGCCUGGUGACCCAGCUGCUGCGCCAGGGCGCCAGUGUGGAGGAGAGGGACCGAGCGGGCAGGACCCCGCUGCACCUCGCGGUGCUGCGCGGCCACGUGCCGCUGGUGCGUCUCCUGCUGCAGCGCGGGGCCUGGGCCGGAGCCGCAGACCGCGCGGGGCGCACGCCGCUGCACGAGGCCGCCUGGCACGGGCCCUCGCAGGCGGCCGAGCUGCUGCUACGGCGCGGGGCGCCGGCAGACGCGCGCUGCGGGGCCGGCCUCACGCCGCUGCACUGGGCCGCCGCGCUGGGCCGCACGCUGCUGGCCGGGCGCCUGCUGGGCGCGCCGGGCCCGGGCCCCGCGGCGGCGGACGCGCGCGGCUGGAAGGCGGCGCAUUGGGCGGCCGCGGGCGGCCGGCUGCCGGUGCUCGAGCUGCUGGCGGCGGCCGGCGGCGCGGGCCUGGACGGCGCGGGCCUGGAUGGCGCCCUGCUCGUGGCCGCCGCGGCCGGGCGCACGGCGGCCCUGCGCCUCCUCCUGACGCUCGGGGCGCGGGUGGACGCCCGGGACGGCGCAGGCGCCACCGCGCUGGGUGUCGCGGCUGGCCUGGGCCACCGGCAGAACAUGGAGGUGCUGCUCGCGCACGGGGCGGACCCAAGCCUCAAGGACAGGCACGGCCGCUCCGCCCUCCACAGGGCUGCUGCUGGUGGACGUCUGUUCGCCGUCCAGCUGCUGGCCGCCUGGGGCGCGGAGGUGGAUGCUCGGGACGUGUUGGGCCUUACCCCCCUGCACCACGCUGCCCGGGGAGGCCACGUGGAGGUCUCCGGCCACCUCCUGGACAGGGGCUCGAAGGUCAAUGCCACUGGCUGGCUCCACAAGACCCCACUGCAUCUCGCCGUGGAGCGCGGCCACGGCCCCACUGCAGAGCUUUUGCUGAGCCGAGGGGCCAGCCCCACCCUGAGGACGCGGUGGGGAGAGGUAGCCCAGGACCUGGGGCCUGCCCUCUGUGGAGAGCAGGAGGAGUCCUAG